GAGGGAAGAAGGCUGAAGUGGAGGAGGAGGAGACUGCGUGUGUCGCUUGCUGCAGUCCCUGGCACGGAGGGGACUAGUGUCUCCGGAGUUGAGGGAGGCAGGCAAGGAAAGGGAGGCGCCUUUGGCUUUGUUUUGGCGGUCGGGGAAAGAGGAGGAGGAGGAGGCAAGGGAAGAGGAGGGCGCUUGGGUGCCUUCCCUUUUGCGGGCUGACUGCGGGCAAAGGCGGGCCAAGCCUCCUCCUUUUUGGGGGCGGAGGAGAAGGGACCACUGCUGCCUGGCAGACCCACAAGGGAAGGGAGGAAGGGCUGCGUGUUGUUGUUGUAUGUCUCUGUGUGUGUUGUUGUGUAUGUGAAGAUCGGCUCCCUCGUGUGCGGAAUGUCUCCUCCUCCUCCCUUGCUCUGAGUGACUCCGCUUCUUCCUCAUGGAGAACCCUCCUCCUCCUCCUCCUCCUCAUGGAGAGCCCUUCUCGCACCCCUUGGAGCCGGGGGCCUCCGCCGCCGCCGCCGCCGCGGAGAAACGCUUCAAGCUCUGGUACGUGGGCUGCUCCUGCCUGGACCGCCGCACCACGCUCCCCAUGCUGCCCUGGCUCAUGGCCGAGAUCCGCCGGAGGAGCCAGAAGCCCGAAGUCGCCGCCAGGGAGGUCGUCCUCCUCCUCCUCUUCUGCGGGGGGUCGCCUCACUUGAGGUGCGUCCCUUCCUCGGCCAGCAAUAGCAACAACGCCGCCUCUUCCUCUUCCUCCUCCUCCUCCUCCUCGGUCUUCAUCUUCGAGCACAAGGCGCAGCACAUCGCCCGCUUCGUCCACAACAGACACGACCUCACUUACUUCGCCUAUUUGAUCAAGGCGCAGCCCGAAGACCCGGAGUCGCAGAUGGCCUGCCACGUUUUUAGGGCUACCGACCCCAGCCAGGUUCCUGAUGUCAUCAGUAGCAUAAGGCAAGCUUCAAAAGCAGCCCUCAAAGAGGAUGUCAAACCCAGUAAAGACAGUGAAGAUGCCUUCUACAACUCUCAAAAGUUUGAGGUUCUGUACUGCGGAAAAGUGACCGUGGUUCACAAAAAGGCCCCUUCCACACUGAUUGAUGACUGCAUCGAGAAGUUCAACCUGCAUGAGCGUCAGCGCCUGAAACUACUGAGUGAGCACCGGAACCCAGAAUCCAGCACAGAUUUUGCUGCCUUUGUAGAGGACAUACCGCCUUCUCCCUUAGACAGUCCAUUUGAGGAGGAGGAAGCAGAUAGCCCAAAUGGCGGUAGCACUGGUAUGUUCAUCGUUGGGAGCCAGACCAACCUCGCCAGCCUGGCUAGCUGCCGGGUCUCCUUCCCUGAGCGGAUUCUAGAGGAUUCUGGGUUCGAUGACCAGCAGGAGUUUCGCUCCAGGUGCAGCAGCGUCACAGGUGUUCUGCAAAGGAAGGUUCACGAUAACAGUUCAAAAACACAAUCACGGCGGCGACAUGCAAGUGCCCCUAGCCACGUCCAGCCUUCAGACUCAGAAAAGAACAGGACAAUGUUGUUUCAGGUCGGACGAUUUGAAAUUAAUCUCAUCAGUCCAGACUCAAAAUCUGUUGUGUUUGAAAAGAACUUUAAAGAUAUUUCAUCAUGUUCUCAGGGCAUAAAACACAUUGAUCAUUUUGGUUUCAUUUGUCGGGAAUCUGUUGACCCUGGAAUAAACCAGUACGUUUGCUAUGUAUUCCAGUGUGCAAGUGAAUCUCUGGUUGAUGAGGUCAUGCUCACUCUGAAGCAAGCUUUUAGCACUGCUGCAGCACUCCAGAAUGCCAAGACUCAGGUUAAACUUUGUGAGGCUUGCCCGAUGCACUCAUUACACAAACUCUGUGAAAGGAUUGAAGGGCUUUAUCCACCAAGAGCUAAGCUUGUGAUUCAGAGACAUCUGUCAUCUCUCACUGACAAUGAACAAGCUGACAUCUUUGAGCGUGUUCAGAAAAUGAAACCCAUUAGUGACCAGGAAGAAAAUGAGCUUGUGAUUCUUCAUUUGCGACAACUAUGCGAAGCUAAACAAAAGACACAUGUGCAUAUUGGAGAGGCACCAGUGCAGAAUACUACCAACAACACAGUUCCAGAAAAUGCAGCCAGUGGUGGCAGAUUCAAACUUGACAUUCUGAAAAACAAGGCCAAGAAAUCCUUGACCAGUUCUCUUGAAAACAUCUUCUCAAGGGGAGCUAACAGAAUGCGUGGCCGUCUGGGGAGCAUGGACAGUUUUGAAAGAUGCAACAACCUCACUUCUGACAAAGACUGCUCCUCUGGGGAGUCUCCUCCUACGACGCCCCCUGCUUCUCCCAUAUCAUCAGUUUGGCAGCCAUUCCCUGAAGAGGAUUCCGAUUCACCCCAGUUCCGAAGGCGGGCGCACACAUUCAGCCAUCCACCCUCCAGCUCAAAGAAGAGGAUUAGUUUCCAAAAUGGGAGGUCCCAAAGUGUCAAGUCUCCUCUCCUGAGACAGAAUUCUGUGGAGCAUAGCAGGCCGACAAUUCCCCGACGUACUUACAGUGAGAGUGAUUCAUCUGCACCAUCCAGUCUCCCUUCUUCCUUCUCUGCCCCAUCUUUCCUGAAAAGCUUUUACCAGAGCUCAGGAAAGCCACCUCCACAGUGUGAAAAUGAACUCCCCAAGAGUGAUGGCGAAAGAAGAAAAAGGACCUCCUCUGUAUGCAGUAAUGAGUCCCUGAAUGCUGGAGGAAUCCCUCUUACUCCCCGCCGAAUCUCCUGGCGGCAGAGAAUCUUUCUAAGGGUUGCAUCGCCUAUGAAGAAAUCCCCCUCAGCUAUGCAACUUCAAGAUGGAUGUGAUGGAAAUGAAUUGUUACCACUAUCUCCGCUUGCACCAUGUUUUGAUGAAGACCCUCUCAUUUCCAUGUUGCAAAAUGAUGAUAGCCAAGAUAGGGCUGGGGAGAAAAAGAACUCUGAAGAGUUACAGAGUCUCUGGAGAAAAGCAAUCCAUCAGCAGAUACUGCUUCUUCGGAUGGAAAAGGAGAACCAGAAAUUGGAAGAAGCAAGCAGAGAUGAGCUCCAAUCCAGGAAAAUUAAACUAGACUAUGAGGAAAUUGGAACUUGUCCAAAAGAUGCAAUCAAUAUGUGGGAUAAGAAACUAUUGAACUUCAGAGCCAAAAUCAAAUGUGACAUGGAAGAUAUUCAUGCUACUUUGAAAGAUGGUGUACCAAAAAGUCGCCGGGGUGAAAUCUGGCAAUUUCUUGCUGUGCAGCAUCGUAUAAGACAUCGUCUGCCAAAUAAACAGCAACCCCCUGACAUCUCUUACAAAGAACUUCUAAAACAAUUGACAGCUCAGCAACAUGCUAUACUUGUAGAUCUAGGAAGGACCUUCCCAACACACCCCUACUUUACUGCUCAGUUAGGAGCAGGGCAGCUGUCUCUCUUCAACCUUCUGAAAGCAUACUCCUUGCUGGACAAGGAAGUGGGCUACUGCCAGGGCAUCAGCUUUGUGGCUGGGGUCCUGCUUCUCCACAUGAGCGAAGAGCAAGCCUUUGAAAUGCUCAAAUUUCUUAUGUAUGACCUUGGCUUCCGGAAGCAGUACCGCCCUGACAUGAUGUCACUACAGAUCCAGAUGUACCAGCUUUCAAGGCUCCUUCAUGACUACCACAGAGACCUUUAUAACCAUCUUGAGGAGAAUGAAAUCAGCCCUAGCCUUUAUGCUGCACCUUGGUUUCUUACUUUAUUUGCUUCACAGUUUUCAUUGGGAUUUGUUGCCAGAGUGUUUGAUACUAUUUUUCUUCAGGGAACAGAAGUCAUUUUUAAAGUGGCACUAAGUCUACUUAGUAGCCAAGAAGAACAUAUCAUGAUGUGCGAGACUUUUGAAAGCAUAGUUGAGUUUCUUAAAAAUACUCUGCCAGACAUGACAAAGCCCCAGAUGGAGAAGAUUAUGACACAGGUAUUUGAGAUGGAUAUUUCCAAACAGCUUCAUGCCUAUGAAGUGGAGUACCAUGUCCUGCAGGAUGAACUACAAGAAAACACAAAUGCAUGUGAUGAUGGAGAGGCUUCAGAGAAACUUGAAAGGGCAAACAAUCACUUGAAGAGACAGAAUAUGGACCUCUUGGAAAAACUACAGGUAGCUCAUGCUAAAAUCCAGAGUAUGGAAUCAAACCUGGAAGAUGCUUUGGCAAGAGAGAACAAAAUGAAGAGCUUAAUCCAGUCACUAGAACAAGAGAAGGCAUUCUAUCAAAAGACUAUUGAGAAGAUCUGUAGAUACUUGCCUGAAGAAGCACUGUCUGAUUGCAGACAACUACUAAAGGAGGUGAAUUGUAGCCCAAGCAAAAUACUGAAAUAAGCCAUAAACAAAGAGUUGCAGGCAACACGGUUCUGACAAUAAAGAAAAGGAAAGAGAAAACAGGCUGGCUGUGAAAGGUAUCUGCAUCAUCUAACACGGGUACUGUGAUUCUUACAGCAGCAGAGAGGCCUUUUACAUCUUGAUAUGCAAAUCCCAGGUUAAAUGUUUUUAAUAUUGUGUGUACAUAAAUUGCAAUGUGCAAAACAGAAGUAAAAGGUUGAAUCUAAUGAAGACAGUUAAUUGGAUGUAUAGGAUUGAUCUAAAGGAAAAGGGAUGGGGUUUCACCCUUUAAUAUCACUGGUAACUUAAAUCUCAGCAUGUUCCUUUGACAUGGAGCGAAAGGAACAUGUUGCAUCUUUUCUAUAUAUUGAUUAAUACUUGAAAAGAAAAACAAGAAUGUAAUAUUUUUCCCUCCAAAGAACAGCAUGUUUCCCUUUUUAAUGGGGGAUUUCUUUGUGUUGUCUGUAGGGUUUUUGUUUCUGAUCGUUUUCAUGGGGGGAAAUCCCUGUAUGCUCUUAUGUGCCUGGUAAUUAAUCCUACUGACAAUUGCCCAUGUGCCAUUUGGUCUGGCUGUCAUUUUGCAGCUGUGCUGCUGAGGAGAGUUAACAGUGCCAAGCAAUACUGUGCUGAAAUUUUUGAUCUAUUUCUUGUUGAUCAUUUAUUAAUGGGAGAGGUGAGAAGAAAUAGGAGCUGACAAUUGGGAAGGCGUGAGAAAUUCCUGAAAACGUUUUUGAGAGCAGGACUGUGAGGAUUUAGUGCUUACCUUACCAUAAUGAGGUGAUCUCUCUCUCUCUCUCUCUCUCUCUCUCUCUCUCUCUCUCUCUCUGUGUGUGUGUGUGUGUGUGUGUGUGUGUUUUCAUGUUCAAAUUCUAUUAAUUUUACAAUCCAUCUGAUGGAUUCCACUGCUUUGCAAUAUCUGGCUGCUUCUGUUUCCUGGGAACUCCCUAAUGAGGACAACAUCAUGGCUUUAUCCCUUUGGGGCUUUUUAGUGCCUCUGGUGUUGUUUUGUUUACUUGUUAAAGAAACUUCCUAUCUUUAUUUAAUUACUCAAAGCUCUGGCUUGUUGCUGUCAGACACUCUUGAGUGUAGUAACCAGAUGCAGCUGUUUGAUACCACUUUGUCGGCCAUGUUUCUGUCCUAUGAAAUUCUUGGAUUUGUUAUCUGGUAAGAGUUGUAGCAGUGCUCGGGAGAGAACACAGGAAGCCUUUAGUAGAGAAUUAUAAGUACCCACCCAGUGCACUAUAAAUCCCAGGAUACCACAGGAUGGAGCCAUCCAGUUGCUAUAACUAGUUAAUGCUGAAACAGUAGCAACCAGAGUGCUUUGACAUUUAACAUUUUAACUUGAAUGGGCACAACUGGUGUUAGGCAUCAUCAGCCCACCCAGAUCUUUCUUACCUUCAGUUCAAACCACCAGUAUGGGCGAGAUAAGAAAGUCUUAAUUCACCACCAAAUUUCAGCACUUAACACCUUUCAUUAAGGGGAAACUGGUGGAUUAUUUCCUCCUAAGAUUCCCUUUUCUUUUUUUAUAUCUGCAAUAGUAUUUUUGAAAUUAGAUUAAAUUCAGGAUCUGGCAGGACUUCCAGAAAAAUGACGAAGGUGAGUGGGGGAAUGAGAAUGCGAGUUUGAGCAGGGGGGGAUUAUUGUGCACCUUCCUUAAAAUUAAAAGUUCGCCCACUCAGGAAAGGCUCCUGAGUGGGUGAACUCUGAGAUGAGCCAGAGUUUAAAGCAAUCAAAUAAAGAAAAGGAAGAAGUCCUGUUAACAAACAACAGAAUAACCUUACUCAGCCUUUUCAUUUACCAGGCAGUGGCACUAGAAAGCCCCACUUUCUAGGUGGAGAAAGGAAGUUGUAACAGUGUUCAAGGGGGAUUUCCAAGAACUGCGGAGAAAGCUGCAAAGCAGUAGGAAACAACACAUGGGUUGUACAUAUAAGGAAAGGCUGUAAAGAAAAGCGACCACCACCACCUACAGGUCACCUUGUCACAGCAAGGAAAGCAUUGAAGCCCAGUACUCUGAAAUUUCUCAAAUUCUCAAAUCCCUGUGAAAGAGAGAAAAAGAAAAAUACUGCCUCUCUUGCAGAGAAGUGAAGAGCUUGUGAAAAGGCAGGUGGGGAUUUGACACAGCUCCAGAGCUAGGGUACUUGUCCCAUGCAUGUCGGAAAGUGUCCAGGCUUACUCUCCCAGCUAUGCUUGAAAUUGGGAAAAAUGUACCCCCCCCCCCAAAUGCAGCACUGUAUGAAAUUGAGAGCUGAAACAGACUAACAAAAGCCUCACAAGAUGUAUGUGUUCCUGAGGCUGUGUCAUAGUAGACAACAGAUAUAGGGUGAAAUGCUUGAAGCAAUCCCAUAUAAUCAGUUCCCUGCACAUACCUAGAUUGCUAAAGAAAAGGUGCAGGGAUAGGAUUUGCUCUAGCAUGAUCAUUUUCUACAUGUAGGUAUUUUAUAUAGGGAAGGCAUUCAAACAUUUUCUCUCUUACUUCCCUACUGAGAUUGUACAAGUUUAGAUAAAUCAUGUAGGGCUUGUGUUAGUCUGUGUCCACAUGUAUGAUGUGGAGUAGUCUUCAGUUUGAAUGCUGUAUCCUGCAACACAACUGUGAUGAUGUUUUCAGGGUUUCAGUGAGCCAAAGAAACCUUGUCACAUUCUCCCUGCUUCUCUGUUUAAAGGGCCAAUGACCGUCCAGCUUAUUUCUUCCCUUUAUCAAACAUGGGCACUAGAUAAAUCUUAAGCAUUAGGAUUCCAUAAAUAUGUAAAACAUGCAUGGAGAACAUGGGACUCUCUAGUUGUUGUUCCCACCAGUCAUAACCAGCAGAGCCUAUGAUGAGAGAUAGUAGAAGUUGCAAUCCAGCCACCUCUGAAAGGCCACAUAUUUCCCAAUCAUGAUGUACAGUAUUACACUUCAUCUAAAAUAUAGUAGCCUCAAAGAAACAUAUCGGCAUUCAUUGUGUUAACUUCACCGGAAGAUUGUUGUCCAGAUCUAGUCCAGAUCUAGUAAUUUGUACAAAUACCUGUUCUGUAGUAAACUUUUUUUUAAAGAGAGAGUUCAAAUAAAAAUAGCCCCCAUUUGAUGCUUUUCAGGCAGCUUCUGUCCUUUUACUAGUCUCUGCUUUGCACUUAUCUGAAGAUGUAUUAUUUUUGGAAGUAGUUUCUGUCAGACCAGACACUGAAAUGAAUAUUUGACUGACAAAGCUAUGAAAAUAGCAGUUGUUCAUGACACAGGAAUUGUGCAUUUUCAUUUUGAAGCAAGCUUGAAUUCUUGUUAACAGUCAGUGGGAUUUUGUUACAUUCUUCCAGAUAUUAUUUUUAAUAAUUAAGCAAAGUGCCAAAUUCAACCAAGUGUCUUAUUCAUACAAGUUAUAUAUGUGGGGUGAAGUGGGGAGGGUUGAGUGUGGGGAGAGUGCCAGUGUUUCUUUGGUAACCUGCAUUAUGCAAACAGUAAGCUAAACCUAGGGGACAACUGAUUUGGUUUGCUGUUAUAUUGCUGCCAUGUAAGUCUUCCCCCUUUACUAGAUCAUAGCUUUGAUGGAAUAAUCGUGGGCACAGUCCAACAGAAAUUAAAAGAAUGAAUGGAGGAAAGCGUUUCUAACAAUUUGUGCCUACAAUAAUUUUCUUCCCAUUGUUGCCUUUUACCAAAUCAAUCUAGUGAAACUAUAGUACAGUAGUAAUUGUAUUUUACUACACGGAAAGAAGAAAUGCAUCUUAGGAUAUUUUGUUUCCCCCAAUUUAAUUUGAGAAUAUUUUGUGCAAACGGGACUAGCCUGAAAGAACUGUUGGAACUGUAUUGAAGUGAAGAAGUUGUCAAGGCACAUAUUGAUAUUCUUUAAUUUAAUUUUAUUUUUUAGAAGCACAGAACAUAUCACUCUAUGUUGGACUUGCUGACUUGUUCAUGUAUCACCUGAAAAAAAUUCCAAUAAAUUUCAUUGCUGCA